GGAAGGCAGAGAGCUCUUUCUGUGUUUUCUGCUUCUUAGUUCCCUUUAGCUCAAGUGGCAUAUUUUGGGGUGGCAUAUUCUGAUCCCUUUUAGGCUUUUAGGUAAUCCAUCUGGAUUUCUCCUAAUUUCUGUGAAUGAAAGUGGGAAUUCUUUGAUUCUUUACCUUCAGAGAAGGAAGUUUUUUCUGUAAGUUAGGAGGGGGAUGGCAGAAGCUGGUCUAAUUGUGCUUUGGGCCUUAUUGGAAAUAGCUAGGGCAACUUCUUUCAGGACUUGGAUUUUCCCUGUCCUAGAUCUGAUCUCAUUUUUCCGCUACUUCUUUCAAGGCUAAGUCCCGACCCUUCCCCUUCUCUGUUUGCUUGUUUACUGUUGAGAUUCCUGAAUGUAUAAUCUUUUAAAAAUGACGUCUGAAAUUUUAGGUUUAUUUAAAAAAUUAAACUGUGUAUAUCCAUAUUCUCCCCUUUUUAGGUCCUUUUCUCGUUUUCUUGGAGUGACCAUUUUCAGAAGGCAGUAUUCUACUUAAAAUAAGAAUUAGAAUCUUUCAGAAACUGGGAAGGAAAACUGAGAUAUAACUUUCUGCCUUGUUUGGAGUCACAUGUACUUAGGUGACAAUUUACAGAAAGUCAACUCUGCAACUUGAUGGGCGACAACCUUUUUCAGCUGAAAAAUAAUUCAAAAAUGGCAGAACUCUUCAUGGAAUGUGAAGAAGAAGAGUUGGAACCAUGGCAGAAGAAAGUAAAAGAGGUUGAGGAUGAUGAUGAUGAUGAGCCGAUCUUUGUUGGAGAGAUAUCAAGUUCAAAACCAGCAAUUUCAAAUAUUUUGAAUAGAGUAAACCCCAGCUCAUAUUCAAGGGGAAUAAAGAAUGGUGCACUCAGUCGAGGUAUUACUGCUGCAUUCAAGCCUACAAGUCAACACUACACGAACCCAACAUCAAAUCCAGUGGCUGCCUCGCCAGUAAAUUUUCAUCCUGAAUCUAGAUCUUCAGAUAGUUCUGUUAUUGUUCAGCCUUUGUCUAAACCUGGUUAUAUAACGAACUCAUCACGAGCUGUAUCUAAUAAUUCUUCAGAGUUACUGUUUGACUUGACCCAGGAUACAGGAUUAUCACAUUUCCAAGGGGGACCAACACUUUCUAUAGCAGGUGUGAAUGAAAGUUCGUUUUUAUCAAAACGUCCUUCUACUUCUGAAGUAAACAGUGUUAAUCCAAAAAAGCCUAAGCCCAAUGAAGGUGUUUCUGGAACAAAUUCCUCAGCUGUAUUUCCUUCAGUUAAAUCUCCUUCAGUGACAUCUCCCCAGGCUAUGCCAUUAAAAGGUACAAAUACCUCAUCUAAUCAAUCUAAAAAUGGAACACCUUUUCCAAGAGCUUGUCCAAAGUGCAAUAUUCAUUUCAAUCUUUUGGAUCCUUUGAAAAAUCACAUGAAGUAUUGUUGUCCAGACAUGAUAAAUAACUUUUUGGGACUGGCUAAAACAGAAUUUUCAAGUACAGCAAAUAAAAAUAAGACUGUUGAUUCAGAGAAAGGAAAAUUGAUCAUGUUAGUUAAUGACUUUUAUUAUGGAAAACAUGAAGGAGAUGUCCAGGAAGAACAGAAGACUCACACAACCUUUAAAUGCUUCAGUUGCUUGAAAAUUCUUAAAAAUAACAUUAGGUUUAUGAACCACAUGAAACAUCAUUUGGAACUUGAGAAGCAGAGCAGCGAGAGCUGGGAAAACCACACCACCUGCCAGCAUUGCUACCGUCAGUUUCCCACACCAUUUCAACUGCAGUGUCACAUUGAAAGUACACACACACCCCAUGAAUUUUCUACCAUUUGUAAAAUCUGUGAAUUAUCGUUUGAAACAGAGCAUAUUCUUUUACAACAUAUGAAGGACAAUCAUAAACCCGGUGAAAUGCCAUAUAUUUGUCAGGUUUGCAAUUAUCGAUCAUCAUCAUUUUCUGAUGUAGAAACUCAUUUUAGAACAUCUCAUGAAAACACUAAGAACUUGCUAUGUCCAUUUUGCCUCAAAGUUAUUAAAAUUGCAACACCCUAUAUGCAUCAUUAUAUGAAGCAUCAGAAAAAAGGAAUACAUCGUUGUACAAAAUGCAGACUGCAAUUUUUGACGUGCAAAGAGAAGAUGGAUCACAAGACUCAGCAUCAUCGAACAUUUAUAAAACCUAAACAACUAGAAGGAUUGCCUCCUGGAACAAAAGUUACUAUUCGAGCUUCAGUUGGACCUCUUCAAUCAGGAUCUUCAACUACACCUUCCAUUAGUGCAAGCACUUCUACCCUUCAGCUCUCACCUCCAAGGACUAAAAAUAUACCUGCUAAAAAUCCCGCAAAAUCGAUCACAAGUAAACCUAAUACAACUAAAUCCAGUGCAAGUAAACCUAAUGCAAGUAAGCCUAAUGGAAGUAAAUCUAAAUACAAAUCAAAAAUCUCUAAUAUGCAAAAAAAACAAAGCACAUUGGCUAGUAGCAAUAAAAAAAGUAAAGUCAAUACAGCAUUGAGGAACUUAAGGUAUCGUCGGGGAGUACACAAGUGCAUUGAGUGUUGUUCCGAAAUAAAAGAUUUUGCAAACCACUUUCCUACAUAUGUCCACUGUAGUUUUUGCAGAUACAACACUAGCUGUAGCAAAGCCUAUGUAAAUCAUAUGAUGAGCUUUCAUAGUAACCGACCAAGUAAAAGGUUUUGUAUUUUUAAGAAGCAUUCAGAAGAUCUCAGGGGCAUUACUCUAGUGUGCCUUAAUUGUGAUUUCCUAACUGAUGUUUCUGGCUUAGAUAAUAUGGCUACACACUUAAGUCAACAUGAAACUCAUACUUGCCAAGUUGUAAUAGAGAAAGUUUCUGUUUGUAUCCCAACUUCUGAGCAUCUUUCUGAAUUGAAAAAUGAAACUCCCACUAAGGAACAAGUACCUGUGUCUGAGGAAAUUGCAAAACCUAAUAUGGCUGAAGGAGAAACAGAAACAUCAAAUUCUGAAAGUAAACAAGAUAAAGCUUAUUCAGAGGAAGAAAAACACGGAUGUGAUACAAAUUCAUUUGAAGCCUCAUCAGCAACAAAAAGGGAAGAAAGCAUAACAGUUUCAGAUAAGGAAAAUGAUACCUGUCUUGAAGACCAAGAAACUGGCUCAAAGAAUAUCCUCAGUUACGAUUCAAGUAUUGGUGUAGAUAAAGUGGAAAACGAAAAACAAAUAGAGCACAUUUGUCAGGAAACAGAGUUGAAGAUGUGCCAGAGUUCAGGAAACAUAAUUUCAUGUGAUCAGAUUGAAGAUCACAACUCUAGUGAAGCUAGGUUUUCUUCGAAGAAUAUUAAGGAUUUGCGCUUAACAUCUGGUGAUGUUAGCAUUGAUCAGUUUUUGAGGAAAAGAGAUGAACCUGAAUCUGUUAGUUCUGAUGUUAGUGAGCAAGGCAGUGUUCAUUUGGAACCUUUGACUCCAUCAGAGGUACUUGAGUAUGAAGCCACAGAGAUUCUUCAGAAAGGUAGUGGUGAUCCUUCAGCCAAGACUGAUGAAGUAGUGUCUGAUCAAACAGAUGACGCUCCUGGAGAAAAUAGCCCUAGCACAACAGACACAACAGUAGACCUGGCAGAUGAAAAAGAAAGAAGUUGAAUUAAUUAGUCAUUCUAAGUUUUAGUGUACCAACGGUAAGAGCAUUUGGAACAGUGCUAUCAGGUGAGCUCAGCGGUGCCGUUGUAGAGUUCAGAAAUAGAAAAACGUGAGGGAGGUCAUUCAUACACUUUACCAGUAUGUUCAACCUAGGUUAUUAAAGAAAUCAAUUCACCAAUAAUAGCAUGAUUAGUAUGGAUUUCCAAGAGGUUUUUAAAACAUGAAUAGGAUUUUAAUGAAAGUUAAGUUUGUAAUGGAAAAGUCUCGUUUAACAGUUUUCAAGGAAAUGGAACUUGGUUGCCAAUAUGAAUUGAUUAUUAGAAUAUUAGUUAUAUUAAUAAAGCUUUUGAAACUUCCAUCAGUCCUAAGCUAGAAAUCCUUAUUACUGAUACAUCCUUUUCAAUUAACUUAAAGAGAGUAGGAAACCACAUACCUUUUGAGAAUAAUUGAUUUAAAAUAAUGGCUGAAUGGCAUUGUUAAUGAAGCCUUUAUUUUGAGUAUGAUGCUGGUAAAUGGAGCAUGCUUAGAGUGCUAAAUUAAUUGAUCUAAUGAGAAUUUGGAUGAACAUAAACUUAAUUUUGGAUUUAAUAUAACAUUCCAGACUGUCAGAAGCAUGUAAACCGAAUAUUUGAAUCUGUGUACCUCCAUACAACUGUUAGCCUGCCAAGCUGUAAGCUUACCUUAAUUAAACUUUCAGUGAAAGUGAAAUUAUUAAAAUAUAAAUUUAUAUUUGUGCUUUUUGUCAGUGUGUAAGCUGUGCAGAACUCCCUUGAUGUACUAGUUGUAUAAAGUAGAAACCCGUUGUUGAAACUCCUGUAGCUAUUAUGCUUUUAAUAUUGUUUUAAUGAUCUUCUUUAGAAAUAGCCCCAUAAAAAUGGUCUGGAAACCAAACCAAAGUAUGGUAUAAUGUAGAUAUUGUAAAGCAGUAAACUGAAAACAUGUCCCGGCAUGAAUUCAGCCAUGUUUAAGUGACUUUUUCUUUAACUGUAAAAUAGAAACUUCAGAUGGGACCUAAAGCAGUGAUGUAAAAAAUUGGUUUGGGAUAUUUAGCCUAAUUUAUCCAUAGGAUGGCUGCUAAAUUGAUUUUUCAGUUGUUUUCUAUCAUUUAGAAAAUAAUAGAUAUAGAAAUGAAUAAUAUGAAUAACAGUAGUUUGCUUUGAAGUACUAAUAAUCUUUUAUUUAAAAUGCUGCAUUUUUACUCUUAAAAUGUGCUUUGAAUUCUUAAGUUUUGUUUCACUGAAUGUUAAAUGUUUUAAAUGGCUAUUAAAAUUAUGCUGUAUAUAGUAGUUUUU